AUGCCUGGCGUUGUCGGGCGCUCGAGCCGAUCCGCGCGCUACGUCCCCGGGAUUGCCAGAGAGGACUCGGACGACGAGCUCGGCACCGAUGACAUCCCUUGGGAAUGGAUCUACGAUAAGGACGCUGCCGGGGAGGAGCCAGCAGCAGUCGAGAACGGGAGGAAGCGCAAGCGAGCGGCAACGCCCGAAGCCCAGAUCAUCGGCGCGCGCAUGGGCAGCUUCGAGUGCCAUCUGGGCGACACAAUGCUGCUCAAGGCCGAGGGCUCCAACGAAGCCUGGGUCGGCAUAAUAUGCGACUUUCAGGUCGACGACGACGGCGACAAGGCGGCAUGCUUCAUGUGGUUCUCCUCCCCCGACGAGAUCCGCAACCCCAAGAAGCGGACUGACUUCCUCGAGAAUGAGCUAUACAUAACCGUCAAUUUUGAUGUGAAUCCCUUGGCAACCAUCAACGGCAAGGCGCACAUCAUGUCCGAGGCUGCAUUCAUGGCAAAGUAUCCCGGCGGCAAAGUGCCGCGGAAGUCGAAGGAGUUCGGCAAAGUGUUCGUCUGCCGCAGGGGCUGCAACACGAGGACAUGCACGUACACCGAGGAGUUUGUCUGGGAGGAUAUCUAUCGCGGCUGGGAGGACUUCGAUAACUUGCAGGAUAUGGUGCGCCAAGGGACCAAGGCAACGCGCAAGCGCAGGACAGCGAAGGAUAAGCCAUCGGAUCAAGACUACAAGGCGGAAGCAGAAGAUGAUCGCAAAGGAGACUACGCGCCGGGGACACCGCGGACUCCCAAGAAAGCACGCACCCGAGACGCUGUUACGCCAAGCAGCAGACGCAAGGACAGCAGCAAGCCAGCCACCCCCUCCUCGCACCGCCGCAUCAUGGUCAAAAAGCACCUCGAAUUCACCCCGCUGGCCACCCGCGUCCUCUCCCCGCACCACGUUCAAUCAUCCCCCUAUCAGCUCGCCCGCAACCAACUGCACGUGGCUUCCGUCCCGACAAGCCUCCCCUGCCGCGAAGCAGAGUUCAGCCUCGUCUACUCCCACCUCGAGGCCGCCAUCACCGACGGCAGCGGCACCUGCAUCUACAUCUCCGGCACUCCCGGCACCGGAAAGACGGCGACCGUCCGCGAAGUCGUCUCUCACCUCGACGCGGCCGUCCGCGCCGACGAGCUCGACGACUUCAUCUUUGUCGAGAUCAACGGCAUGAAGAUCACGGAUCCGCACCAGUCCUACUCGCUGCUGUGGGAAGCCCUCAAGGGCCAGCGCGUGAGCCCCGCGCAGGCGCUGGACCUGCUCGAGCGGGAGUUCAGCCACCCCUCGCCGCGGCGGGUGCCGUGCGUGGUGCUGAUGGACGAGCUGGACCAGCUGGUGACCAAGAACCAGGGGGUCAUGUACAACUUCUUCAACUGGCCGGGCCUCCGGCACAGCCGGCUGAUCGUGCUGGCUGUGGCCAACACGAUGGACCUGCCCGAGCGCACGCUGAGCAACAAGAUCAGCUCGAGGCUCGGCCUGACGCGCAUCACCUUCCCCGGGUACAACCACGAGCAGCUGAUGCGGAUCGUGCAGAGUCGCCUGGAGGGCGUGCCGGGAGACAUCGUCGAUGCGGAUGCGGUGCAGUUCGCUGCGAGGAAGGUAGCUGCCGUGAGUGGCGACGCGAGACGGGCGCUGGAUAUCUGCCGAAGGGCGGUGGAGCUGGCCGAGGCGGACGCGCAGAGUAGAGAAGCAGAGGCGGAGAAUACGGUGCCGGAUACGCCAAGCAGGAAAAAGACUGCUGCCGGAGCAGGCAGAAAGGGCCAGCUGGACGACACGCCAAAGAAGAAGAAAGGCGCCGCCUCCGGCAGGGUCACCAUCGAGACGGUCCGCCGCGCCAUCAACGAGGCCACAAGCAACCCGUUGCAGCAGUACCUCCGUUCGCUGCCCUUUGCGUCGCGCCUGCUGCUGGCGGCGCUCCUGAUGCGCACGCAGCGGACCGGGUUGGCGGAGAGCACAUUCGGCGAUGUGCUCGAGGAGAUGCAGCGGACGCUGAAGUUGGCCGGGGAGAGCAGGCCGCUACUCCUGCUCGACAAGAAGGCGGCGGGGGUUACGAAUACAACAACAGGGGCGGAUACAGGGGCGAUGACGUCCAUGCGAGCGAAGAACAGCUCGCAGCUGGUCCGGCCGGCUGGGUUAAGUGCCGCCGCUGUGGACCUCGCGGGCGCGGGCAUCAUCAACUUGGAGGCGCACAAAGCCGAGCGCCCAAGCAAGGUGCGUUUGGCGGUUGGAGACGAGGAGGUUAGGUUGGCAUUCCGGGAUGACCCGGAGAUUAAAGCACUCGGAGUCUUAUAG